AGAUCAUUAGGAUUUCUAGCGUCAGAAUAAUGCCGGCUACCAACUCCCAACCCAGACAUAUAUACUAGCCAUAUGCACCUACACCUAGACGCCGAAGUCCAGGUCGCAUUUUCCAAAGCCGUCGACUAUCUUUAAUUGGGGCUCGCGGCUGUCGGACUAGACCUAGACCGAAUUAACUACCAGUGGGUUAGGCAGACAUUAUUAGAACCUCCACAAGGCUGAAUUCCGAGUGUGAUCGUUUCAGUGUUCCAAUUAUUAGACCUUUAAUCAUGAAAGACAGGCUCGCAACGUUAGCGAGCUUCGAGUUCCUCAAUUAUGGGCUACCGGCGUCCCAACCUAAGCCCGACGACGGUCUAUCCGUUAAGAGAGACGCAUUUUGGAGUUACUGCGGCCCACUGCUCUCCGAGGCGAAUGACCUUCCAUCCAGCCUACACGAGUGGACCCAAGCCGUGUUGUCUGGACCUUUAGUUCCUAUUCUACUUCCAUUUCUAACCUACGUCAACGAGUUCGUGAAGUCGAAUGGACUCGAUAAUUACUGGCUCACUAUCCGUGCGACAAAGGCGACAGACGAGUUCAACAAGCCAAGAUGGCACACCGACGAUAUGUUCUUCAGUAGGAAUAGCGAGUUCAACAACAUCGGAAUGGAUAAGAAAGCCAAACCGAAGGCAAAGAUGGAAUUAGAUCUGCAAACGGAUUGGAAAUUGUGCGCCACACUACUCGGUCCGGCAACUAUGUUCAUCCCAUCAGAGCAUCAAGCCGCAGCUCGCGCGACAUCACGCUCGACGAAGCGAGCUCUAGCUACAGAGCAUAUCUGCACAUCGAUUCGGUGCGUGGGGUGUGCAGCGACGGCAGAUGCGGUCCGAGAGCAGCUCACGAGCGAUUUAGCACCUUUAGGUCUAGUCCAGGCUGCACCGGGGGAGUGUAGUGUUUUCCGCAUCGGCCAGGAGCGCGGCGCAGUUCAUUCGGAGCCAUGCAUGAGCAGCGGGGAUCGGAUAUUUGUUAACGUUGUACCUGGGCGGAAGGACGAACUUGCUGGUCUAAUGGCGAAGUGGGGGAUGGGUUUCCCGCGGUCAUGGUGGAUUGCCCCGGGGGUUUUACGUGCACAUGAGUUGAUGUAAUGGAUAAUGAUGAUAUAAUACAGAUUAAAUCAACAGAUACAUGUAUUUUAACAAGUACGACGGCCGCUCGUCUCCGUUUCUCUUUGCCGGAUCUUGGGAUUUGUCCAUUCAUCGACCCUGAUUUCCUUAUGAAUGGUUGCCCUCCACCCGGGGUCUCGACUCAGCAUCGAGACUCUAUUAGGAAAACCUAAACGCUAGGAUGUUGUUAAUUAUCUAUACAUAGAGUCCCUAGGAAUAUAAUGAAUGGCAUUGUUCACAAGGCAGUCAGAUGAGAGCCUAGACGGUUCUUUGUUCAAGAAAUGUAACAAAACAAGCAAAUUG